CAUAAUAUAAUUUCCAAAAAUUUCUGGCAGGAAAAGAGAGAGAAGAGAAGGAGCUAUUAUCUGCACCAUCUGUUUCUCUUAAAUAAAUAAAUUUAUAAUUUGGAUUUGUUAUUAUUUUCUAAUCUUACCCAUUUGAUCCACUUUCCUCCUCCUCUGAGUUUUUAAGAUUGCUUCUGGUUUUUCCUUGCCCCUUUGUUUGACCUCUCUUUUCUUUCUCCCCCCUUUGUCUUUCCCGCAUUUUCUCGGGAAAAUCCAAGGGAAAAAACUUACAAAGUUUGUGAAUUUCUGAUUGUUUCGUUAUUUAAUCCUUUACCCAUUGUUUCUCGCCUGAUUUGGCGCAAACCCUUUUGGAUAUUGGUGAAAAAAAGUUGGGAUCAGAGGAAGAGUGAUGACGACUAUGGAAGGGAUGAUGGAGAUGGGUGUGUUGGAUGAUAUUAUUAGGAGAUUGUUGGAAGGUAAAGGAGGGAAACAGGUUCAGCUUUCGGAGAUCGAGAUCCGUCAACUUUGCGUUAACGCCAGACAAAUCUUCCUUUCUCAGCCUAAUCUUCUCGAGCUUCAUGCCCCCAUUCGCAUCUGUGGUGAUAUCCAUGGACAGUACCAAGAUCUUCUGAGGCUAUUUGAAUACGGAGGCUAUCCUCCUUCAGCUAACUAUCUCUUCCUCGGUGAUUACGUUGAUAGAGGCAAGCAAAGUCUCGAAACAAUAUGUUUACUCUUGGCUUACAAAAUCCGGUACCCAUCCAAGAUAUUUCUCUUGAGAGGAAACCAUGAAGACGCUAAGAUCAACAGGAUUUACGGGUUCUAUGACGAAUGCAAACGGAGAUUCAAUGUACGGCUUUGGAAGAUAUUCACCGAUUGCUUCAACUGUUUGCCGGUAGCUGCUCUCAUUGACGAGAAGAUUCUAUGUAUGCAUGGUGGGUUGUCACCGGAAUUGGAAAACUUGAGGCAGAUUCGAGAGAUCCAAAGGCCUACGGAGAUUCCAGACAAUGGUCUUCUUUGUGAUCUACUUUGGUCUGAUCCUGAUCAAAAGAAUGAAGGUUGGACUGAUAGCGAUCGAGGUAUCUCCUGCACGUUUGGAGCCGAUGUAGUCGCUGACUUUUUGGAUAAGAAUGAUCUCGAUCUCAUUUGCCGAGGCCAUCAGGUAGUGGAAGAUGGGUACGAGUUUUUCGCAAAACGGAGAUUAGUCACGAUAUUUUCAGCUCCAAACUAUGGUGGGGAGUUUGACAAUGCCGGUGCAUUAUUGAGUGUGGAUCAAUCUCUCGUUUGCUCCUUUGAGAUUCUGAAACCGGCUCCAGCUUCUAGCAGCAAUCCUCUCAAGAAGGUACCGAAAAUGGGGAAGUCUUGAAACUUAAUAAAGCUUAUUCCCUUGAGAGAUUUGGUUUCACAAGCUCAAGCUAGGCUCUGUGCAUUUCUUCAGAUGUAGGCAAACUGCAAUGGAGAAGAGAACCUCAAAGGCUACUUUACUUAGUCAUUAAAGAAGAAGCAUCUGUAGAAAAAACAAAAGAGAGAGAAAACAAAAGUUGUUAUCCAAACAUUCUGUGUAUAGUUGCAGAAACAUCUCUUUUCUGCUUCUCUAGAUUUCAUCUCCUUUUGGUCUGUUUUCUUUUAUUUGGUUUUUUUUUUUUACGCCGUAGUUUAACUUAGAGUGCAUCUCCUCUUUUACUCUUUUUUUUUUUCUUUCCUUGUAUCAUCAAAUUGCCACAUUUCUUAAUCUUUGCCAUAUUGAAUUGACUUAUGGUUUGGCUCUUA